AUGUCUGCCAACGAUAUAUUGGACGUGUUAAACAUUCAGCGAGAUGAGCUGAAGCAACCUGCAAAAAAGAAACAGAAAACAGCUGUUGAAAUCCAGAGACAGUCUGGUAUGGCCAGAGAGCUCUACAACUUGAUUGGUCCCAAUACUCCUCCUGUAAACUUACCGUUUGUUGGAGCCAACAGCAGCAAGGCUCUGAUGAAAAUGAAAGUUUCCCCGUGGACGAAAAGGGCCUUUAAGCCGAAUAAACUCAACAAAGACUCGGAUGAAGUCACCCUACAUCAUUGGGUCAAGGGAUCGAAGGAGCUUUUGGAACAGGAAGAAGCAGACAAACCAUACUUCUUUGAGAAGUUCAAUGUGAAAAUCGACUUUCCUGAAUUGGUUAAUGAAGAAACUUACGACAAGUAUAUGGUAGAAAUUAAGGAAAGAGAAAAGAGGUUGAGAGAAGAGAAAAAGAGAAGAGAAAAGGAAAAGAAGGAACAAGAAGCAAUUGAGAAAUCUAAGCGAGAACAAGAGGCGAAGGAAAAAGAAAAGAAAGAGAAAGAAGCCAAAGAAGCUAAGGAACUGAAGGAAAAAGAAUCUGUUUCUGCCUCUGGAGAACUGCAAGAAAUAGAAGAGUCCGCUAUAAAGUUGGAAUCUGAAACUUCUAAUAAGGAACUGGAAUCCAAGGAGAGCAAGACUGAUGAUAAUAUAUCCAAAGAUAAAGAGGGAGAUUCGAGUAAAGAAUCCAAUCAGGUAGCGACGGAAGCAAAGGAAAGAGAAGCAAACGAAGAAGAACCUGAAGAAGAACCUGAAGAUUGGACCUACGAAGAAACUCAAUACUUGUUUGAACUAACGAGAGACUUUGAGUUGAAGUGGCCCUUAAUUUAUGACAGAUACAACUAUCCCACAAAACGUGAUGUGGAAGACUUGAAGGAACAGUUUUACAGGAUUUGUAUUAAGACGUUGGAAGAUCAGCCAAAUUCCAAUCCUUCUCUUAUAGAAUCAUUGAGCGCAUAUUCCAAGCCGAGAGAACUCGAGAGAAAGCAAUAUUUAGAAAACUUACUUAAGAGAACUCCAGCAGAAAUAGCCGAAGAGGAAUCACUUGUUAUAGAGGCUCGUCGUUUCGAAUUGGCUGCAAAGAAGAUGUUGAUAGAAAGAUCUCAUUUGUUGACAUUGUUGGAUUCACCUCAAACUACGCAGUCAGUACAACAAUAUCAAUCUUCACAAGGUCUCACUAACUUGUACAAUAACUUAAUGAUAAUAGACAAAAAUCAAAAGAAGCGGCAAUUACAACAACAGCAGAAGGCAAUCGCUUCGGGAAACCAGGACCCCGUGCCUCCUCCUAUUCCAAUUGCUGCAUCGUCGUCUUUCAAGAAAGACAGAUCUUUCCAAACCCACUUACAGCAAUAUUUGGCAGGUCUACUCAAGCAAAGCCAGAAUGUCAAUCCAGCUAUCAAACAAGAGUCCAAUGCCAUACAGCAAUUGUUGGCAAAGAGACUUACACAGAAGGAAGAAGAAGCUUACGGUUUACAUUUCCAUGGUUCCGAAAAACUCAAUCCUGGUGUAAUCUUGAGAUCUACGCAAAAGUUGCCCGGGUUGCAACAGAAGCAAUCUGUACUUAAAUCAGUAAACUCUGUUCUUCAGGAAUUAGAUAUUCCAACGGCAGGUGGAACUAGCUGGAAGCCUGUAAUGCCAACAAGAAAGACUAUGACCAAGUAUGAUGAACUCAUAAGAUCUGUUGUUGCUCUCUUGGAUCUUAAGAAGGGUAAGGAUAAACUUGAAGCCGAAAUUAGAUUGAUCAAGAGUCAAAGAGGUUUACAAUGA